CCCACAGAGUUUCCAAGGCUAGGCUGUAAUCUUCAGGGAAGCAGAGUGAAAGCAGACUGGCACAUCGUUCUCCCGCAGAGAAGCUGGUGGACUCCAACAGCCAAUCUUUCGUUAGCAGUCGUUCGCUUAACCAGUACCAUCACUAGAGCUCGUUCCAUCAAGUAAUACUGUGGUUAGUAUCGGCUUUUUAAAGGACUACAAUUCCCAGCAUGCCACAAGGCGCCUUGGGAAGACUUCGACUCCCAGCAUGCUGUACCUUGGAACUCCGUGGGAACUCCAAGUCCCAGAAUGCAGCGCUCUUACUCCUACUACUUGCUCUCAGAGGGCCGACGAGACUACAGUUCCCAGCAUGCAGCGUCGCCCCCUGUUUCUGGCGCCUCGCAGGGCCCUGCUUCGUAGGGACCUUUUAAACCCCAGAGGGCAGUUCCUGGAGUCACAGCUCCCCCUGGAAGACGUAUCUGUAGCGCAGUUCUGGCCCACCGAGCCUGUCCAGAAGAAGCCUCGGAGGGAUGGGUUGGGGCCUGGGCCGGGCUUCGCUCAGGCAGCGUUUGAGGCAGCCCCAUCGGGGCCCUCCUGGGGCCUACCUCCCUUUGAACUGCGGUGGCGGGCGGGCGCACUGUCUCCACCACCCCUCAGAGUAGGGGCCGCCAUCUCCAUGGCCACGGCUGCGAGUCGGCCUAGUGCCGGCGGGUCGCGGGACAUCCUGUGGCGCGUUUUAGGCUGGAGGAUAGUUGCAAGUAUUGUUUGGUCAGUGCUGCUUCUACCCAUUUGUACCACAAUAUUUAUAAUCUUUAGCAGCAUUGAUUUAUUUCAUCCUAUACAGUGGCUGUCAGAUUCUUUUAGUGAUCUGUAUAGUUCGUAUGUAGUCUUUUACCUCCUGCUACUGUCAGUGGUAAUAGUGAUAAUAAAUAUUUUCAAUGUGGAGUUUUAUACAGUUGUGCCUUGCAUUCCCUGCUCCAGACUGGCUCUGAUAGGGAAGAUCGUUCAUCCUCAGCAGGUCUUGCACUCAUUUAUUCAUGCUUCUAUGGGAAUGGUGAUGGCCUGGUGUGCUGCAGUGAUAACCAAGGGCCAGUACAGUUUUCUUGUGGUUCCCUGCACAGGUACUGAGAGCUUAGAUAGCCCUGCUGCACAGACCUGCUUAAAUGAGUAUCACCUUUUUUUCCUACUGGCUGGAGCAUUCAUGGGCUAUAGCUAUAGCCUUCUGUAUUUUGUCAACAACAUGAAUUAUCUUCCAUUUCCCAUCAUACAGCAAUACAAAUUCUUGCGCUUUAGGAGGUCUCUGCUUUUACUAGUUAAACAUAGUUGUGUGGAAUCGCUAUUCCUGGUUAGAAAUUUCUGCAUCUUGUAUUAUUUUCUGGGCCAUAUUCCCAAAGCUUGGAUUAGCACUGCUAUGGACCUUCGGAAAGAUAAGCAGUUACAUCCUCUUGACACUGUGAGUGGUCUCUUGAAUCUCUCAUUACUCUACCAUGUCUGGCUAUGUGGUGUCUUUCUGCUAACAACUUGGUACGUCUCAUGGAUACUCUUCAAAAUCUAUGCUACAGAGGCUCAUCUGUUCCCUGUUCAACCAUCAUUUGCUGAAGAGUCAGAUGAAUGCCUCCCUAAAGUUUUAAACAGCAAUCCUCCCCUCAUCAUAAAGUAUUUAGCCUUGCAGGACCUGGUGUUGCUCUCUCAAUAUUCUCCUUCACGAAGACAAGAAGUUUUUAGUCUUAGCCAACCAGGUGGACAUCCCCACAACUGGACAGCCAUUUCGAGGGAGUGUUUGAGUCUUCUAAAUGAUAUGACUCAGAAAUUGGUUUUCUACCAAGAAGCAGCUGCUACGAAUGGGAGAGUGAUAUCUUCAUCGUACCCAAUGGAACCUAAGAAAUUUAACUCUCCAGAAGAAACUACUUUUCAGACACCAAAAUCUAGCCAGAUGACUCGACCUUCAGUGCCACCAUUAGUUAAAACAUCGCUGUUUUCUUCAAAAUUAUCUACACCUGAUGUUGCAGGUUCCCUGGGCACUCCUUUUGGCUCUAGUGUAAUGAACCGGAUGGCUGGAAUUUUUGAUGUAAACACCUGCUAUGGGUCACCUCAAAGUCCUCAGCUAAUAAGAAGAGGGCCAAGAUUAUGGACUUCUGCAUCUGAUCAACAAAUGACUGAAUUUUCCAAUUCUUUUCCAUCUACCUCUGUUAGUGCUGAGGGUAAGACAGUGGGACAGCCCAGUAUGAUUUAUUCAUGGAUACAGAACAAACGUGAACAGAUUAAGAACUUCUUGUCAAAACGGGUGCUGAUAAUGUAUUUUUUCAGUAAGCACCCAGAGGCCUCCAUUCAGGCUGUUUUUUCAGACGCCCAAAUGCAUAUUUGGGCAUUAGAAGGUCUGUCUCACUUAGUAGCAGCAUCAUAUACAGAAGAUAGAUUUGGAGUUGUCCAAACUACACUACCAGCUAUUCUUAAUAGUUUGCUGACACUGCAAGAGGCAGUUGACAAGUACUUCAAGCUUCCUCAUGUUUCAAGUAAACCACCUCGGAUUUCAGGAAGCCUUGUGGACACUUCUUAUAAAACAUUAAGAUUUGCAUUUAGAGCAUCACUAAAAACUGCCAUCUAUCGAAUAACUACUACUUUUGGUGAACAUCUGAAUGCUGUGCAAGCAUCUGCAGAACAUCAGAAAAGACUUCAACAGUUCUUGGAGUUCAAAGAAUAGUUAAGUAAUAUAAACUGUGUUCAUUACACUGCUGAUACAACUACAGAUGGGACAGUAAAUAUUCAGCAUUCUUGGAUCAGAAGAAAAUGGACUAAUUAGAUGUUUCCUUUGUCGUGGUGGUUGCUUUGAAAACUAUACUUUAAUGGGAGAAAUCAUGGAAAGAAAUUCUCAACAGAAUAACCAAAAACUGCCUUUUCUGUAUCGAUUGCUUUUUGUGUGUGUGGUAUAAUAAAGUCUUUAUUCAAUUUUACAGAAGCAUCUAUGGCAGUAGAAAUGUCUCUAGGUCAUAUAACUUAAUAAGAAUAACUUGAAAUUUUUUAGAAUUUACUUUUGAGAGGAGUGGAGCCAGUUCGGAGGGUAAAAUAGUUUUAUUUGAUACAGUCUUCCUUUCUAAUCAUUCUCAGAGUUUAGCUCUCUCUAAACACAAAAUACAUACAUUUUUAAGAGUAGUUUCUGUUUACUGAAGGAUAAAAAUGGUAACAGUGGAGAAAAACUCACAGAAAAAAUAUUGUCUGAAGGACAUAUUUUGUUAAUCUGUUAGGUUAUGUUUUUGUUUCCAGGGACAAAUUGAAUUUGCAUGAUUGUCCAAAAAAAGGUCUCAAUUUACAGAUGCUAACUCUAUAUAAAGGAAUGUGGAAAAAUUCAGUUCUUAAGUUACAAGAUUAAACAUGCACAUUUGGUUUUUGAAAAACAAUUGUCUGACAUCUAUGAAUUUAUUUUGUAUCAUGCUAGUGAACAUUAAGUGUAUGGAUAUUUUCCUAACUAGUUUUGUUUUCUUUUUUCUGGAACAAAAUACUAAGUGAUUGCGGAGUUUUUCAAGUGAGAGAAAAAGUUUUUCAAGAAAAGCCAGGAAACUUUUCUUUUCCCUUCCCACUCUUCAUCUUCUUUAGAUCAAAUUAUUUUGCAAAGCUUGUCUGGCUACACAGAGGGAGCAGCCUCUGCUACAGUAACUGGCUAAUUAAAAUAUAUUAGGAAAAUCUUUACAGCCAGAAACAACUUAGUCAUCAAAUAGCAAGUGAAACCAAAACGUCAGGGAUUACUGUACUUGGGAGUAUGUUCUAUGUCCAAAAUGUGAGUGAGGUAAUUUUAUAAUUUAUUAGAUCAACUUCUUUGGAGAUGAAAGAUUAGAAAUCCUACUGGUAGCUAUUCACUGGACUAGCUUUAGACUGAACACUCCCUUGUAAUUCUUUUCUUAUAAUUUCUUCUCUUUAGUGCCCCCAAUUUUUUUCUUUAAAGUCAGCACAGUAUUGUAUAUGAAUCUUUAAUGUGGUAUAUAUGUCUGCCAUUUGUCUGAUUCCUUGAUGUAUUAUAUCUUCAGAAUAGAAUAUUUCAGCUCCAGGUCCUAUUGCCCCUUCAACCAGCACAUGCCAAAUUAUAAAUGAAUCCUGCUUGCCUUUCAAGUGUCUUUAUCAGACAGUUUCCCAAUUAUCAAGUGUUUUCGGGUUUUGAGGCUAUUGCCAUUUGCCUUUUUUUUUUUUGCUUUGUGUCUGAGGUUAAGUUGAUCUCUUUCUUGAAUGUGAAAUUGAAUUUCAUAUGUGAUAGUCUCUUACAGAUGACCAGAAAAUUGUGUCUAGGUUGACUGACAACUAUUGUGUCCCAUAUUUUAAAGCCGUUAGGCUUUUUAUAUUCCAUUUUCUCUGCUGCCCUUGGCUGAGGCAUUUUGGGAGACAAAGACCUUAGCCCUCUGUUUCCAUUAAAGAAGAUCUGUGGUAUUUAACCCAUUGCUUUCCUGAGGCUGAAGAUGGGAUGAUUCCUUUAAACUUUGACCUACUCAGAUGAAAUACCUGGCUAGGUUUAGAUUCUUGCCAUUUCCCAGAUAUUUUGGGCAAAGUAUGUUUGAUGAGCAAUGUGGAUGUUUCUGAGGUGUUCAUCCCUGUUUUUUCUCAAGAGAAUGUGCUGUGGACAAAAUGCAGGCCACAUAAUUCCUGCCUGUUGGAAAUUUAGAAACUGUCUCCUCAAAUCUGUGUUGUACUUAGUCAGUAAGGGGGACAGUUCUUUUUCAUCAUUUUGUAUUGAUAAUUUAUUCACCACCUUUUUGGGCUAGAGUAUGGCUCGGUUACCUGUUAGGAAAUGAAACUCCUCCUGUGUGCAAGGAGAAGGACUUAGGGAGGCCAAGAGGAGAGAAGCAUUUCCUUUGAUGAGGUCUCAGCCUCCCUCUGAGCCUGCUAAUGCUAUAACAUUGGCCAGAAAAUUAGAAAUUGUUCUUUAAAAGCCUUUCUCUGGCUGUUAGUAUAAAACAUGAUUGCCGUAGCUCUUGUAAUGUUUCCUUGGCCCUUAUGGAAGGUCUAAGUCCACGUAGCUUCUCUUCAGAGAACUGGGGAACUCCUAGAAUAAACCUGGUACAGUUCAGUGAACAUUGAUGAGCAACAGCUUGUUACUUUGCUGAAUUUCUUUCUUGGUAAUUGUUUUAUGUGUCUUCCUGUAAAUAUUUAUGAGACUCUGUUUAUAUCCUUUUGUAUCAUCAAUACUGAAUUGGGUAGAAAAAUAAAUUGACAGUUUUUAAAAAUGAGACUGCUAAUUG